UUAACGAAGUUGCAAAACAAGUAUCUAGGAAUACGAAGUGAACGGGUGAACGCUACCGUUCUCAUUGCAAAUAUCAUUCGUACCUCCAACAGGUAUAAUACCUCCAAGAAAUAAUCGCGGCAGCACGCUCGCGCGUGGCGAGUUCGCCAUUGCACUUUUUUUUCUAAAAUCAUAUUUAAUUGGAGCACGGGAGAGCCGAGCUGAUAAAAUUCGAUGAUAAAACCGUUCAACGUCAUACGUGGAAACGAGAAAAGCGAACUCGUUUUGCACGUUUGAAAGCGCGCGUUUUACUACGGCAUGCACUUUUGCCGUUGGUUAAAUGGACACUUGAGAAAUUGACACACACAUUUUCACUGUUCUGAAAGUGAGCCAUAGGGAAGGAGGGUCGUUGACGGAGACAUUCGUACCGACUUGCUUUCGAACAGUAUGUUAUGAGAACACUUCCUGAAAGCAAUACCGAUCGCGCGUGAGGUGUGUUUUCCAACCCAAAGAAAAAAUCGAGAAACCCGUGAUCUCGUCCUCGAAGACGAUUAAACUGCCGAGUGAUUUCUAUUUAUUUAAUCUCACAAUUAUUACAACGAAGAUCAAGAAAGUUGAUUUUCGUUUCUCGGAAACCACAUUAUAAGUUGAAGUCACGAAGAGCAGAUAUGAGAGCAAGUCCUCGUCAGUACGUGGUCUAAGAAUAUCGUGGAGUGGAUCGUUGAACCAGAGCUUCCUUUCUUCUUUCCACGUGUCGAAGUGUCCGGGAGAAAUAAAUCGGAAACUUUCUCUGACGACGUUUGGCUCGACAGUAUUCCGUAAACGAUGUCAGGGGACACCACGUCUGACGAUGAGGGAUCGCAGGAGGAACCGCCACGUUACGACAUCGAUGAUUUGGAAAUCAUUAAAACUAUUGGCACAGGCACAUUUGGCAGGGUAGUUCUCUGCAGGCAUCAUGGAACAUUUCUCGCACUGAAAAUCCUCUCCAUGGUCGAUGUGAUCAGAUUGAAACAAGUCGAGCAUUUGCGCAAUGAAAUCACAAUCCUGAAGGAAGUUAAACAUCCUUUCAUCGUCAAUAUGCUGUGGAACAGUAGGGACGAAGCCAGAGUGUAUAUGCUACUGGAAUUCGUCGCCGGCGGAGAGCUCUUCUCUUACUUAAGAGCGGCCGGAAGAUUCGCAGGGCCCACAAGUUGUUUCUACGCAGCCGAAAUAGUUUGCGCUCUAGAUUAUCUGCACAGCAAGCAUAUAGUUUACAGAGACCUCAAGCCAGAGAAUCUUCUUCUUGAUAGUCAAGGCCACCUCAAAAUCACCGAUUUCGGCUUCUCCAAGAAACUUACGGACAGAACGUGGACCUUGUGUGGAACGCCAGAAUAUUUGGCGCCGGAAAUAAUUCAAAGCAAAGGACACAAUAAAGCCGUAGAUUGGUGGGCGUUAGGUGUUUUAAUUUACGAAAUGUUGGCCGGAUAUCCGCCAUUCUUCGAUGACAAUCCUUUCGGGAUCUACGAGAAGAUUCUGAGCGGUAGGAUAGAAUGGCCAAAGCACAUGGAUCCCAUCGCGAAGGAUCUGAUUAAGAAAUUAUUGAUCGCCGACAGAACGAAGAGAUUGGGAAAUAUGAGGCAAGGCGCUGAGGAUGUGAAGAGGCAUCGAUGGUUUAAGUUAGUCGAAUGGCCCCUGGUACCGCAAAGAGCCUUGACACCCCCGAUAAGGCCACGCGUGAAAACACCGGGCGAUGCGAGCUGUUUCGACGAUUAUCCUGAAACUGACUGGCGUUCCCAACCGCCUUUACCACCAGAUCAACUAGCUUUAUUCCAAGAUUUUUGACAGCUAAUGUGAUGACAUCGUUGAAUAGUCACAAAUAUUUUCACUCGCAAAUUUAUCGAAGCACUGCAGUGCUAAAUAAAAAAACUCACUUUGUGGUAUAAAACAAUGGCGAUCACGUUUCGGCGCGAAAUAU